AUGUCGAAGAGCGCAUCCACGGCAGCUGCUCGCAGCGUUACGGAGCUUGCCCAGUAUCUUCAAGCCGGGCAGAAGCUCCAUGGAUUCACUCUCAUCCGAUCCAAACAUGUCCCCGAGCUCGAGUUGACGGCCCUCCAUCUGCGACACGACAGAACUGACGCAGACUAUCUUCAUGUUGCCCGGGAGGAUAAGAACAAUGUAUUCUCGAUUGGAUUCAAGACGAACCCUCCGGACGAUACGGGAGUACCGCAUAUCUUAGAGCAUACGACAUUAUGUGGUAGUCAAAAGUAG